AUGGUUCGGCUUAUUCGGGAGCCUAAUAACGCGUACGACCGCAACGCCAUCCGCGUGGACAACAUCAGAGGGCAGGAGGUGGGCCACGUGGAGGCCAAAAUGGCCUGCCACCUGGCGCCACUUGUCGACGCAGGAUUGGUCGCGAUCGAAGGGCUGGUGACGCGUGGAACGAGGAACAAAUACCAAAUGCCGUGUCACAUGUGCUUGUUCUGCUCCCCUGAAUCUGCUCCUGAAGUAGUAUCUCGCUUGCUGUCUGCCGGAGUUCCUCUGGUGGAAACCAACAGCCUCCCUGGUUCAGACACUUUCGGGGAAGCUUCGUCCUCUGGUUCGUUACAGUUGUCCUCGUUACAGGCUGCUUCGGCUGCUGCGUCAGUGGCUGCUGCUUUGGCAGCGCGAAGAGCCGCGAUGAGCCAAGCAGAACAGGACAAGGCGGUCUUAUCCAUGUUUGAUGACCUGGCAUGCCAGAUGGAAGCGGAUCGGCCCACCGCGGAUCCGCCUUGCCACGUCAUCAGGUCGUCCCUCCUGCCACAUCAACAACGGGCGCUGGCGUGGAUGAUCAAGCGGGAAAGCGCGAAGAAGCUUCCACCGUUUUGGAAAGCCGGGGCCUUAGAAUCUGGGAGCAGCAGCAAAGGGAAGAGAGGAGGGAGAGGAGGAGGAGGGAGGGGGGCCGGGAGACAGGGCAGGGGAGGCCGGGGAAGAGGAAGUGAGGUACAGGGAGGGGGUGCAGGAGGGGUGGAGGGGGGAGCGGGAGGGGGAGAUUGGGAGGAGGACGAUGGAGAUGAUGGGGGGGAGGGCGGGGGGCGAGUGUUCACCAACAUUCUCACCAACUUCACGACAGAGGAGAGGCCUAAGGCGCUGAGGGGAGGCAUUCUGGCUGAUGACAUGGGGCUGGGGAAAACGCUCUCCCUGCUCUCCCUUGUCGCUUCAACCUCUGCUGCUGCUGCUGACGCUGGUGAAACACAAGCUAUCGGCACCUCCUCCACUGGUGCUGCUGAUGGGGUGCAAGGGGAGCAGAGCAGGGCGACGCUAGUGGUGUGCCCUCUGUCCGUUCUCUCCAACUGGACGGCACAGCUGGCAGAGCACGUGGCACCAGGAGCGCUGAGCUACUAUGUGUACCACGGGGCAGAGCGUGUGAGAGACCCGAGCUUCCUCUCUGGCUUUGACCUUGUCUUUACCACCUACAACAUCCUCGCUUCUGAGUGCCCCCCUUCCUCUGCCUCCACUGCUGCUGCUGCAGCUGCUGGUGGUGCUGCUGCUGGUGCUGCUGGUGGUUCUUCUGCUGGUGCUGGUAGGGGCGGGGCAAGGGGAAUGGCAGAGGCACAGUAUGCUGACAGUCCGCCGCCCUCCCCGCCUUCCAUUCCGGGGUGCCCAGGAAUGCUCAUGCCGGCUUAUGCGGGCAUGCCAGGGGCGCGGGGAAGGAAGAGGAAGGCGCCAGGGGCCGCAGCGCAGGGGCAGAGGAAGCGAGGGGGGAUGGCAGGGACGGCGGGAGGAGCAGGGAGCAGUAGUAGGAGCACUGCAGGAGCUUCAACAGCAGGAGGAGCGGGAGCAGAGACAGCAGGUGGAGGGCCAUUGAUGCAGGUGAAAUGGAGGCGGGUGAUUCUAGACGAAGCGCACGUGAUCAAAUCCGUGCGGACGCGGGCUGCGCGGGCGGCGACAGCGCUGCAGGCGGAGAGGCGGUGGGCAGUGACGGGCACUCCGGUGCAGAACCAGCCGGGGGAUCUCUUCUCGCUGCUCUGCUUCCUGCGCCUUGAUCCUCUUAAUGAUCGUUCGAUCUGGACCCGCGCGAUCGAGCGGCCAAUGAGGGAGCGCCAGCACAUUGGGCUGGACAGAUUGAGGGCACUGGUUCUCACGACGGCUCUAAGGCGCACCAAGGACAUGCAGGUGAACGGCCGGCCGCUGCUGUCACUCCCUCCGAAGACUGUACGAGUGCUGCCAGUCGACUUGCUGCCAGAGGAUCGGGAUCUUUACGACCAAGUGCAGGAGGAGGUGCGGCGCCUUGUGGGUGGCAUGAUGGCACAGGGUACGUUGAUGAAGAACUAUGCUACAGUGCUCGAGAUGAUCCUACGGCUCAGACAGAUCGCAGACCACAAGGGCCUCUGUCCGCCGCACGUUCUUGAGGCCAUUGCUGCGUCUGCUGCUGCAGCAGAAGAAGCAGACAGAAACCAGGAUGCAAAAGCUGCAGUUCCUUUGGAUCCCCUUCUGAGUCAGAAGCUUCAGGAACUUCUGGCAGCAGGAGCAGCCGACGAGGACUGUCCCAUCUGCCUCUCUCCUCCCACUCUUCCUGUCAUCACACCCUGCUCUCACAUCUUCUGCCGCCGCUGCAUUCGCCGGGUUUUAUCCAUCCAGAAGCAUGCCCGCCCCAUGUGCAGAGCGCCAGUAGAUGAGGCUCAUCUGGUGGAGGCUCCACCUGAUGCUGCAGAAGGAGAGGGUGGUGGCGCUAUCCAAGGGGGGCUUGAUGGAAGGGGGUACCAACCUCCAGAGGGUGGAGCUGCUAUUGCAGGGCCUAGUGCAAUGGGAGGAGGUGAUGGGCGUCAGCAGCAGAGGGUUAAGAGUGUUGGGUUUUCUCAGUUCACUCGAAUGCUGGAUUUGGUGUAUGAGAGGUUACAGGCUGCAGGAUUCAAGUGCUGUAGAUUGGAUGGCCGCACCAAGCUAAGUGUGAGGGAGAAGGCUAUUGCAGAGUUCAACCGAGUGGAUGACGAUUCUCCUACAGUUCUCCUUGUGGGGCUCAGAGCAGCAGGUGAGAGUGCACAUGUUCCUAGCGAUUAUUGUUUUGUAUGUCCGUUUCUGCAGUCCACUUGGUCUUAG